UUGCUUAGUUUUUGCCUAUAUAAAUAUGACACCCACCAUCUUCGCCCCUGAAAACCUCGUCCUCAGCGAAACCCUUCGCCACCACCCCGUGUCUACCCGUUCCUUUGUCUCUCCUGCCCGCCUCCGUGCUCGUGCGCGAGCGUGUCUUGACGACUUCGGGAUAGAGCCAGACAUGUCGGGGGACGCGGUCGAAGAAUCCCGGGAAGACGAAAGCCAACAAUCCAAGACAGCUUCCCCGUCGCCGUCACCAUCUCCACUGCUCGUCAACGGCAAGCAGCUCUCACGCCACAAGUUGCGCAGAUACGACUCUCUAGACGUCGAAUCUGCUAAAUACCAGGGUCGUCAGACUCAUGGCUCCAAGCAAGCGGUGGAGUGGCCGGUGAUACUGAAUCUGGCGUUCCAGAGCAUCGGGAUAGUGUACGGCGACAUCGGUACGUCCCCGCUUUAUGUAUAUUCGAGCACCUUCACCGAGGGCAUCAAGCACAAUGACGACGUCUUGGGCGUCCUCUCCCUGAUCUUCUACACCAUCACCUUAAUCCCUCUCAUCAAGUAUGUCUUCAUCGUCCUACGUGCCACCGACAAUGGCGACGGAGGGACAUUUGCAUUGUAUUCGCUGAUCUGCCGAUAUGCAAGAGUAGGGUUGAUCCCGAGUCAACAAUUAGAAGAUCAAGAUGUGUCUAAUUUCCAGCUAGAACUGCCAAGCAAUCGCCUGCUCAGGGCAUCGAGGCUCAAGUCCAAGCUCGAGAAGAGCCAAUUCGCCAAGUUCUUCUUGCUCUUCGCCACCAUGCUUGGCACUUCCAUGGUAAUUGGUGAUGGUGUCCUCACUCCUUGCAUCUCCGUUCUGUCAGCUGUUGGAGGGAUCAAGCAAGCUACUUCUGCAGUGACAGAAGACAUGAUAGUAUGGAUUUCGGUGGUGAUACUGGUAUGUUUGUUCUCGGUCCAAAGGUUCGGGACCGACAAAGUUGGAUACAGCUUUGCUCCGAUCAUAUGUGUUUGGUUCACAUUUAUCGGCAUAGUUGGUCUCUACAAUUUCCUCAAGUACGACCCAGGAGUCGUCAAAGCCAUCAAUCCGAUUUACAUUGUUGAGUACUUUCAGAGAAACAAAAAGGAAGGAUGGAUAUCUCUUGGUGGCAUUGUCCUAGCCAUAACAGGAACGGAGGCAUUAUUCGCCGAUGUUGGGCACUUCACAGUCUGUUCGAUACAGAUUAGCAUGUGUACCGUGACAUACCCUUCGCUUAUAUUGGCAUACGCUGGACAGGCCUCAUUUCUUCGCAAACAUCACAGCCUUGUCAGUGACGCAUUUUAUGAAUCUAUACCAGGGCCUUUAUAUUGGCCGAUGUUCGUGAUCGCAAUAUUGGCGGCGAUCAUUGCAAGCCAAGCUAUGAUCUCAGGGACGUUUUCCAUCAUCCAACAAUCACUCUCGCGGUGCUUUCCUCGUGUUAAAAUUGUGCAUACGUCAUCGAAAUAUGAAGGACAAGUUUACAUACCGGAGAUUAAUUAUCUCCUGAUGUUGGCAUGCGUUGGGGUCACUCUUGGCUUCAGGACUACUGAGAAAAUAGGCAAUGCCUAUGGCAUAGCGGUGGUCUUUGUGAUGACCCUCACAUCUGGAUUCCUGGUGCUCAUCAUGAUCAUGAUAUGGAAAUGGAACAUCUUUUUCAUCAUCACUUACGUCCUAGUUGUGGGCUUUGUGGAGCUUCUCUACUUGAGCUCGGUCCUCUACAAAUUCUACCGAGGAGGAUACCUUCCAUUGGCCUUUGCUACCGUCCUUAUGACCAUAAUGUACGUGUGGAAUGACGUGUACCGGCGCAAAUACUACUAUGAGCUCGACCACAAGUUGUCGCCGGAGAAGCUCAGGGAGAUCGCCACUGACCCCGCUGGCCUCUGCCGCAUACCAGGGCUCGCGGUCUUCUACUCGGAGCUUGUCCAAGGGAUCCCCCCUAUUUUCAAGCACUAUGUGGAGAACGUGCCCGCCCUCCACCUGGUCCUCAUCUUCGUCUCGAUAAAGUCACUCCCAAUAAGCAAAGUCCCAUCAGAAGAGCGGUUCCUGUUCCGCCGAGUCGAGCCGAAGGAGCUCAAUGUGUUCCGGUGCAUCGUGAGGUAUGGAUACACUGACUCACGGAAUGAGCACGACGAGCCGUUCGAGAACCUUCUAUUUCAAAGGCUCAAGGAGUUUGUAUUGGAAGAGUGCUGGACUAUGACCCAUCAAGUGAGGUUACCCAAGGACAAGGAUGAUGACGAGCAAUUGGUUGAUGGGUUAGAGAGCGAAGAGAAUUGUGAGAAUGGGGUCACAAAGGAGAUCGAUGAUGAAGCUAAUGAUAAAUGUAAUCAUAAGGCACAAGAGGCGACGGAGGGAGAAAUUGCUGUGUUGGAUAGGGCCUGGCGUGCGGGUGUGGUUCACUUGAUUGGUGAGAAUGAGGUGGUGGCAGGGAAAGGGGCUAGUUUGGGGAAGAGGAUCUUGAUCGACUAUGCUUACAACUUCCUGAAGAAGAACUUGAGGCAAAGUGACAAGAUCUUUGACAUUCCACACAAGCGAAUGUUGAAGGUCGGAAUGACUUAUGAACUUUAGGGAAAAAGAUAGAUGUAUCAUAUUGUGAAUAAAGAAAUGUUAUGAAUCAUGAUAAUGGUGUUAACCACUGUUAUUAUGGUCAAGACUCUCGAGACGUAAAGUGGGUCAUUAGAGGGCACAAUCAUAUAUUGGGAGGGGGAAGGUGGGGAUGAAGAUGAAUUCUUCUCUGGUGCUAA